UAGGAAAGGAGGGGGAAAGCUCAAAGAUCACUGCCCCGAAAAUUGGCGGCACAAUUCUUUGGGGGAUCCGCUCCACGUUUUCGAAAUUUGAAAGCCGCGGCCGAAAUUGGCGGCACAAGUUGUUGGAUUCAAGUUCAACAAACCCUCCUUCCAUUCCCCUCCUCUCGGCGGUCUUGUUCAUUCCUUCUUCUGGCAACAAAAAUAGACCUAACCGGAGAGAACACCAAGAAAGAGGAAAGAAAUGGGCGAGGUGAAUUCGUACGAGGAGCUGCGCAGGAAGCAGGUGGAGGAGAACAAGCGGAAGCUGGAAGAGUUCGGCCUGCACCAUCUCUCCGCCGCCGUCCGCGAGGCCAGCGCCAAGCCCAAGCCGCUGAAGCGGAAGGCCCCGCCGCGAGACAUCGCCGAUCUCGGCCCGCCCCGGCGUUCCGGCCGUAUCGCCACCCUCCCGGAGCAGCCCGACUAUCGCGACAAUGUAACGCUCGGCACCGUCAAGUCGCAGAAGCAAAAGGAAGUAAAACCUGAUCAUGCGUACGCCAUUUCCAAGGCUGAAGAGCUACAAGAUGAGCUAGGCUCCGAUCACCCUACCUUUGUCAAGCCCAUGACCCAGUCUCUCAGCCCGCUGUACAUCCCAGUGCAGUUCAGCAUGGAGCAUCUCCCGGACCGUGACACGAGACUUGCUUUGGUGGACGAGGAGGAGGAGGAGUUUCGCAUCCUCUACCGUCCACACAGUAGCAGCUUCAAUGCAGGGUGGAGAGAUUUCGCCGAGGACCAUGAGCUCGUUGAUGGCGAUUGUUUGGUGUUUCAGUUGGUCAAGAAGAAAUUGUUCAAGGUCUACAUAUUCAGGGCAAGUUCCUACUAUGAUAGUGAUAAUAGUGAUGAUAGUGACAAUUAAUGAAGCGACUGUCAGGUGGGAUGGUGAUUCAGAUCUACCCUGAAUUGGAUCCCCAGCAAGCUGGCAGGUGGAUAAUGUUCUAAAUAUUAGCUUCGCAGUCUCCUAGUUUAUGACUUCUCCUGAACUACCGUUCAGAAAUCUGCACUACCGUCAAGGAGUUAGUUAUGUAUGUAUGGCAAAUGCUGGCAUUCAGUAAACUUGCAUUUAACUGCAAGUCAGUCCUAUAGCAACUGCUGACGUUUUGUAAAUUUGGUUACGAAGCAGCAAGUGUGCAGCCUGGCAUGAGAUGCCUACGAUGAUA